CUUUCAUUUCCUUUAUUUUGGCAUUCUCACACGAUUGAGUCCAGGUGUCCCAAAAUGCCAAAUAAAUGAGCGUCAGCGCCGUUCCUGGAUAAUGCCCAUUCGGCAGUCUUUACAGCAUGUGCUACGGUACCACACUGUGACCGGUACAUCCGUGUGAGUAUGGUUUUAGCAGCGUGACGCACCAACUCAGCCGCGAAUGAAAGCACUCCCAUUCAGUGGAAGGAAAAGAGAGCUUGAACGCUUGAACGCUUGAGAGCACCUAACAAACUGCUGGCCAAGUAAGAAGGGAUAUCUAUCAGUAUCCUAUUCCUGCACAGCAUCCUUCCUUUGGUUCUUCGAUCCAAAGGCAAAAAUAAGGAGUCAUUGAUUUUCCUUCUUCAGCCUGAAGCUGCAUGCCAGUAGUUCUGUAGUGGAAGUGUUCAGCAAUACCUUAUCUUAUUGAAGCUCAAGCAGCGGCACUGUUUUCGUUUCUGCUUCACUAAAAAGUCGAAAAGAUGAAGCAAAAUGGUUCGAGCAACAUUGCUGGUUCCAACCACAUUGGAAAUUCGUCCCGUCGGUAUGGCAUGGAAUCCUCGGUUUUGAACUUUCAGGACGUCAACUUUGUUGUGGGGAGAGGAAAGAACCAGAGACACAUUCUCAGAGAUGUGGGAGGAAAAGUCAAAUGGGGUCAUGUGUUGGCAAUCAUGGGACCGUCUGGUGCUGGAAAAACUACCCUCAUUAGUGCUCUUACGUUGGAUGCAUUCUACGGAAGUCCUUAUGGAACUGUCACACUGAACGGAGUCCCCAUGACGGAUCAAAUCUUCAAACGACAUUGCUAUGUCGUGAAGCAACACGACAAACACUGGCCGUACCUGACUUGUAGGGAAGCGCUGAUGUAUGCAGCUCAGUUGUAUGAAGUGGCCGAUGGAAAGUCUGUACCAAUCAUUGUAGACGACAUUAUUGCCAAAAUGGGAUUGGAUGUGUGUGCCAAAACCAGAUGUGCCCGCUUGAGUGGAGGACAGAGGAGGCGUCUUUCCAUUGCUGUGGCAUUGCUCAAACAACCUACGCUCAUCUUUCUAGAUGAACCCACUUCGGGGCUGGAUGCUGCAUCUGCUGCCAACAUUAUGCAAGAAAUUGUUCGAGUGGCAAAGGAUGAACGAUUGAUUAUUGUGUGUACGAUCCAUCAGCCAAGUACAAAGGUCUACAAUGGAUUUGAUCAAGUAAUGAUCAUGUCAAAAGGGAGAGAAGCAUUUGCAGGUGAAGCUCAUGAUGCCAUCCCCUACUUUGACCGCAUUGGUGCUCCAUGUCCUCCCAACACAAAUCCUGCCGAGUUCUUCCUCGAUCUAAUCAACGCGGAUUUCAGUGACGAUGCUGCUGUGGAUGGCAUAUUGGACACAUGGGAGCAGCAUAAGCAAAGCAACAAACAGUCUGGUCGAGACCCUACUGAUCAAGAGGGAGUGGCGCCUGGUCUGAGGACCAACCUAUGCGUUGAAAUGUUUGUCAUGUUUCGGCGACACGCCCUCCUUGUUUUGAGGGACCCCAUUCUGUAUAUUGGUCGGGCUAUUGCCUUUCUUCUAUGCAAUGUUUUCUUCGCAGUUGUAUAUUGGAAUGCCCGUCCUAAUGAUCAGACCAAGACACUGGACAAGAUGUGGAUCAAUAUUUGGCUCUGUGCCGUAACAACCAACAUGGGUGUGGUCGCUGUAUAUGCCCUCAAUGACGAGUUCAAGUCCAUUGUACGAGAAUCGAGGAAUGGCAUGGUCUCAGGAUUCAGCUACGUGCUCGCAAAGACCAUUUUGGUAACUCCGCUUAUGCUGGUGUUCUCGGUGUUCGCCAUUGGCGUACCGGCAUUCGCAAUCAUGAAUGUUCCCAUAGAGGCGAUGCCGAUGAUGAUCUUCCUUUAUGCCGCUAUGAUUUUUGUCUUUGAAUCCGUCGCUGAAUGCUUGGCUGUUUGGGUGGAUGACCCAAUUCUUGGAAUGCUUGUGUUCAUGAACUUUUGGUUUGCCGCGUUCCUCUUUGGUGGAUUUGUGAUCCCUUUUGAUGAUCUCUAUAUUCCAUGGACGUGGGGCUACCACGUGAUGCCAUAUUCGUACUACGUGAGGAGUGCCAUGUACGAAGCUUUUGUAUACGUCACAUUUGAAAACUGCGAACUGGGUACUCCCUCUGCCGUUUGCGUCCAAGAAACCACUCCUGGAGCUGGCGUUCCAGGCAUAGAGAUCAUCGAAGCUUUCACAUUCAUUUUGCCCCUUGCGGAACCCGUGGACAACACCAUUAGAGAUAUUCUGAUUUUGGUUGCGAUUGGAGGUUUUUGGAAGCUUCUUUAUGUCGUUGGCGUCAUCUUGAAGACUCGACGAGUUGCGCGAAUUCUGGACCCGAAAAAGAUGCCAGCGGUCAAGGGUGCUCCAAAGAAGAAGUCAGCAAAUGGACACAUGAAUGGUGCAAGUACAAAUUCCCGAGUGAACCGACCGCCACCCAAGCCCCCAGUGCCGCCGCCGCCCGCAGUGUAUUACCUGGACAACUCCGAGGAGUAUUCUGUUUAGUACAAAUGCUGCACGGUUCUUCUCGAGGGGUUGCUCCAGAUCCUGGGAUCAAAAUCCCGGUGGUCGACGAUCGAGAGGCAGAAAAGGUCUUUCCAGAACAUCGCCCCAAAGCCAGAUAGAUACACGCUACGUGCUGCCUUCUUUGACAGCUGGACAGAGGAUUUUUAAGUUUAGUCCCUGUGCUUUGUUUGGAUUGACUUGCUGUUCAUCCCACUUGCUAGUUUGCCCAGCUUCUUGGAUUCCUCUUUUGAAAGCUACGGGUACGGUCCAGAGGCCCUCCGAUCGCAGUGCUCAGUCUUCAGCGUAAUACCUCGCGGGUACAGAUAGUACUAGCUCAGACUUUGAAACCAAGCGACGACGUUUGGCCAGCUAGGCGGGCUUCAAUAUGCUCCUCGUAGCUGGUGAGACAAGCCAAGCUCUUGCCUCUCAAGAUCCCAUCUUUCAACUUCUCCUCUGCGUCCAAAAUCAUCUUUGCCUGGGGGAGAAGCGUUUCCAGCGUGUCUUUAUCCGCGACUAUCAAACCAUCGUUGUCACCAAUGACAAUGUCACCUGGAUUCACAGUGACACCUCCACAGGUGAUGGGUACAUCCAAAAUGCCAGGAGAUUGUGUUGUUCCGGAAUAUGGUGUGACGGCGGUGGAAUAGCAUCGAACCAUUGAAGCAGGAAGGUCUCUCACAUGGACAGUGUCCCGCAUCGGUCCGUCAAUGACAAUCCCUUUCACCCCUCUUUGUAUUGCCUCCAAACUGAAUAGUUCUCCUGCUACCGCGCGAUCCGAAUUGCAGGUAUCAACCAUUAGCACAUCACCUUUUUCAGACAGCAUCAGACCGUGCAGCACGGCAAGGAAAUCAUUUCUUUCGGAGCAUUGAACAGUACGUGCUCUGCCAACCAUCACAUGAUUCGAAGUAGCAUCCGAGAUGUUGAUGGGGCGCACGUUGGAUUUGAGCAAUCGAAUUCCUGCGUACGUGCCCAAUUGCGCUAGUAGUGUCUUGUCAGCAUCACAAAGUGCGGCAGUAUCCACCUGUUCCAGUUCGGUAACUAAAGCCUCAAUUUGAGCGGAGCCUGUAACCGAAGCCAGGCCUCUUGCAACACAGUAGCAGGGCUUUCGGGCCCUGCGAAUGGCUCGAAACAUUCUUGUUGGAAUGACAGUUGCCUUCAUCAUUGUCGCUUGUGCUGAGAGUGUGGUGAUGGCGUGAUGGCAUUGUCAAAGAUACCAAUAUGAUUCGAUUCACGUUCGUGACUGACCAGAAUGCAUCUGCGGAUUUCUGGUGGCAGAGUUCAGAGUUGGCAAUUACAAAUACGUAGCUCUAGCUAGCUAGUACACAGUGUAAUUGUCAUCCCUCCAUCCUCCAUGGCACUAUUGUUGCCAUUCAUAGAUCUCUGUAUACUACAGCAGAAAUCACCUGAAAGUCCUCCUCCGACAAGGCGAUCUCGAAUACCUUUAGAUCCUCCUUCAUGUGAUCCUUGGAAGAGGUACCAUUGAGUGGGCAAACAACCUGGUCAUGCAUGGCCCACCGAUAGAAUAGAACUUGAGGCGAAACCAGGUAUUUCUUUGCCAUAUUCUGUACCUCUGGAGAAAGGACCGCAUCCUUUCCAGGUUUGCCCUCUUUGCUGUUGGCGGUCAAGGUCCAAAAGGAUUGAAAGUAAACGCCGUUUUGCAAGCACCAUUGCCUCAUUUCUCGCUCAAAACCUGUUUUACGAUGAAACCGUUGUUGGACUACAGCAGGUUUAAUUCUUGCGGAUGCAUGUAAUCGUUGGAGUUCUUCCAAUGACUUGACAUUGCUGAUCCCUAUUUGUUUAGCGUAACCCUGAUCCACCGCUUCUUCCAUAGCUUUCCAAGCCUCCAGAGUAUGCUUGAAUUUGGAAUACGGAGAAUGAAGCAACAAGGAAUCAACAUAGGUUGUUUGCAGGUUCACCAGGGAAGCCGACACUGAUGCCUUUACUUGAGCCCCAAUGUCAUCACCCCCAAAAUCAUUAUUUUCGUCACCCGAGGAAACUUCAACUAGCGUCGCUGCGUGUUUUCGAUUCACUUUGGUUUGCACAAACAAAUCCUCUCUUUUAAGGUCGUUUUGUUCUGCCAAAAAUUCUGCCAAUGCUUCCCCCGCUCCAGCUUCAAAGUAGUGUUUGGGUUGGGCCGCGGUAUCGAAUCCACGAAAUCCAUUUCGAAGAGCCUUCAAAACCAGUUUUUUGGUCUUUUCCUUUUUCCAAGCGCAGCCAUAAAGCAUCCUAGGCAUGGAUAGGUCCUGCGAGGUCAUCACGUUGGUAGAGAUGGUGCGGUCUGGUUGUUCUUGGGACGCCAUUGUCAAUCUCAUGAACAGCGAUGUGUCUUCGUGUCUUCGUCCGUCUCUUCCAACUUUGGUGGUGGACGCUCACUUGCAUUUAUUGUUCAGGGGGUUUGGGAAAAUA